CAAUUAUUAGGCCGUGAGUGUCUCGCUACCAACUUGGGAUGCAAAUGUCGGCUACGAGGAGGGCCAGGACUGGGUUGUUCGUCGCAUGACGACUGGCUACCCCAGAUUCUUCAUCCACCGAAGCAUUGAGGCUUUUGCCAACGACAUUGUAGCCAUGUUUGGGAGCCCAGGCUUACACGCCAUGCUCUUCCCGACCCGGCAGAUCGCCAAACGCUGUGUGGCUUUCGUCAAAUCACGCGGCCCCCCUGGCGUCGCCAGGAAUCCCGAGAUCAUUCACCUGGUGCUAGACGUGGCAAACCCGGCUUCGGCCGCCCUAGAACCUCUCGGCCCCUCCAUCGCGGCUGUCAUGUGCUCACAGGAGGCCUUUCCUUUCGCGAAGCAGUACUGGCAGCACAGUGGUGACGGUGUCUCUAGUCGCAGGGCGGAGUUUUGCCACGGCCUGUUCAAGGACGGCCUACUGUGUUUCGACGAUGGGCCCAAGAGCCCCUCCGCGGCCGCUCAAAAGCCCUGCAGGGGACCAAAACGAUACCGGCGAAUGUCGUCAAUUGACGCAGGAAAGACGCCCAUCUCCAGUGACGCCUCUCCCACCUCCCCGGCAAAGGAGCCUGGAGUCAUCCGCGAGGCUCAGGAGUCAUCUCGGUUUCUGGAGGAGCGUUUCGGCAGAAAUCUCGACAUAGCCUUUGUCGAGCCUGCUAAAUCCGCAAUCCGGAGGAGGAUUGCCGGUGCGGUGACAAGCGACCAUGAACUCUCGACUUCGCCGAUCCCUGAGAUGAACGCAAAUUCCAGAGGGAUUGUCAACCUCAAGGAGGACGACGUUUACCUUUUCCCCUGCGGCAUGAACGCCAUCUUUAAUGCCCACCGCGCUCUACUUGACAUUCGGGGCAGCAUGAAGAGCAUCGAUUUUGGCUUUCCCUAUGUCGACACACUCAAGAUUCUCGAAAAAUUCGGGCCCGGGUGCGUCUUCUAUGGCCAUGCGUCCGAGUCGGACUUGGAUGACUUGGAAGCGCGGCUCGAGGGAGGGGAAAGAUUUCUGGGCCUCUUUUGCGAAUUUCCAGGGAACCCGCUGCUGACCUGUCCAGACCUGGUUCGUAUCCGCCAGCUCGCCGACAAGUACGAUUUUGCUGUUGUGGUGGACGAGACCAUCGGCACCUUCGGCAAUAUCAACGUUUUGCAGUUUUCAGACGUUGUCGUGAGCAGCCUCACCAAAAUCUUCUCGGGAGAUUGCAACGUAAUGGGAGGUAGCGCCAUCUUUAACCCGGAUAGCCGAUAUUACUCCGCCCUCAAAACGUAUGCGCAGACUGAGUUUGAGUAUACCUACUGGCCGGAAGACCUCAUCUUCAUGGAACGCAACAGCCGUGACUUUGCGUCACGGAUUGACAGGAUCAAUACAAACGCGGAGGCCAUCUGUGAUGUGCUUCGGUCUCACCCACUUGUCAAGAUGCUAUACUAUCCAAAAUAUGGUAACUGGAGAUCUAACUACGAGAUCUGCAAGUUGCCUGAUGGAGGUUAUGGAGGACUACUGUCAGUCGUAUUCCACCGCCAGUCCCAGGCCGUCGCUUUUUUCGACACGAUUGACACGGCCAAGGGCCCUAGCCUCGGAACUAACUUCACACUCACCUCUCCGUAUGUGCUGUUGGCUCACUAUCAGGAAUUGGACUGGGCGGCUAGUUUUGGCGUGGAUCCUCACCUGAUUCGCAUCAGUGUUGGCCUGGAGGAAACAGAGCAUAUUGUAAAUAUCUUCAAGUCUGCCCUGAGCGCUGCAGAAAAGGCACUGUUCGAAUGACGAGGGGCGUGCUGAUGGUCAAGACCAUUAAAAUUAUGGUUACUACCACAUAACAUCAUGUACGUGCCCUAACGAGUGAUAUGGACCUUUCCCUGGCCAUAUUUCUGCUUCUCCCGGUAUUCACAUGAUGGAGCAUCCAGUAU